AUGUUUAAAUAUCGCGAUCGUUCGAAUUUGGAAGAUGAACUUGGCCGAAUUUCUGGCACUGCAGUGGAUUUGGAAAAGAAGAUUUCGGAACUGGAAAAAAUUAUUGACAGCCACACAGCCCGGGAAGCUGCAAUGCAUGAUUCACUGGAGCAGUAUAAGUUCAAAGAACGUGAGGCAUCGAGAAGUUUGAUUGAAGCACAGUUUGAAAUCACGCGACUGAAAGGCAAAAUUUUUUUUGUUCUAAAAAUUAUUAUGCCGGUCAUCGACGACUUUCUUCAUAAAUCGUUCACUGCAGAUUCGGCUGAUCAAAUCAGGUCAAAUAGCGGAGCAGAGUUAGAUCGUGUACGUGAAGAAUUCCGAGAAAUGGAAAAGAAAAUUUUAGCGGAGAAAAAUGCUGAAAUUAAAAAUUAUGAUGAAACGUUUAACUUAUUACGCAGCGAAAAGGAGGAUUUGGAGCACUCAUUGGCAGCGAUCAAAAAAGAACUAAAAGAAGUUUCGUUACGUUGCGAAAAAAUAACCAUGGAAAAAGAAGGCCUAAGUAAGCAGCUUAAUGAGGAAAAAGAACGGGCUGCGAGAGAGAUUGCUUCAUUACGAGAGCAUCUCGAUGCAGUGGAAGAUAGAUGCCUUGCUGAAGCUAAUGAAUGGGAAAAGCAUCGAACUGAGAAAGAACAGCUGUACGAUUUGAAUGUACUGGAAAUGAAGGAAAAUAUAAAAGCGCUGAGUGAUAAAUUACAAGAAAGCCAGGAAAAGGAAGUAAGCUUGAGACGUGAGAUGGUGGAUUUGGAGCUGCUUAUCGAUCGUGAAAAGAACACAAUAAAAGUACUCCAGUCCGAAAUGAGCAAAAAAGAUGGGCAAAUGAAAUUUGAACUGGAAAAAUUCGAGCAGGAGCGCCAAAAAUGGGACGAGAAAUUAAGACUCAAAAAUGAAGAACUUGCUAACGCUCGAUGCAACAUUGACUGUGUUCAAGCAAAAUGCUUAGAACUGGAGAAAACGCUUCAGUCCGUGGAAAGUCGGCUAGAUAAAAAAACGCAAGGUUUGUCAACUGCCCAGAAUGAAUUACGCGAGAUUGAAGACCGAAUUAUGUUACGUAUGGAUGAAGAAGCUACGCUGAAAGGUCAUCUUGCGGAGAGUGAACGAGAAAGAGAUGAAUUACGACUGCAACGAGAUGAACUGAAAACUGCUUUGCAGUUAGCUUACAAAAAAACUGAAGAUUUGACUAACAUUGAGAAUGCACUGCGGAAGGAGCUUGGAAUUGUAAAAAGCCAAUUGCAAGAUGAUGAAAAGAAAUCAGAAAAGUUGGCCAACGAUUUGAAGCAGCUGAAAAAAGUGAAUAAGCAAUUGGAAUCGUCAUUGGCCGAGAAAACAGCCGAGAUAACAAGUUCUUCAUUCCUCAUCAAACAAUUUGAGAAAGCCCAACAGCAAGCAAUGAAAGAAUUGGAUGAAGAGAAGCAAAAAGUAUGUGUUUAA